AUGGUGGUGGCUUUGACCACCUGGUGUUACGGCGAGCACCACGCUUGGUCUUCAGUUGGUGCAACAGCACCGGUGGCGGUGGUGUCACCCGGUGUCACGGGUGGUGGUGUCACCUGGAGUCACGGGCCGGUGGUGUCACCCGGUGUCACGGGUGGUGGUGUCACCCGGUGUCACGGGCCGGUGGUGUCACCUGGUGUCACGGCGCGGGGUGGCUUUGACCACCCGGUGUUACAGAGUGCACUACGCUCCGUCCUCACUUGGUGCCACAGCGUGGGGUGGCUUUGUCCCCCGGUGUCACCGCUCGCCCCCUGCCCAGCCCCCCUCGCCCCUUGUCCCCCCCUCUCCCCGGUUCCCCCGCCCCCCCCCCCUCCCGGCCCCGCCGUGCACGGAGCACGCAGAGGAUGCUCCCCCCGCCUCUCGGGCGUUACCGGGCCUGGUACCGGGGCCGGUUUGGAGGGCGGGCGGGGGAGGCCGAGCCGAGCCGAACCGAGCGAGUCCGAACCGGGCCGGGCAGAGCCGAGCGGGCCCGGCCGAACCGAGCGAGGCGGAGCGGGGCCGAACCGAGCCGAGAGGAGCCGAAGGGAUCCGAGUGCAGCCGAACCGAGCCGAGAGGGGCCGAAGGGAUCCGAGUGCAGCCGAACCGAGCCGAGAAGAGCCGAGUGCAGCCGAACCGAGCCGAGAGGAGCCGAAGGGAUCCGACUGCAGCCGAACCGAGGCGAGAGGAGCCGAGUGCAGCCGAACCGAGCCGAGAGGGGCCGAGAGGAGCCGAACCGAGCCGAGCGGUGCCGGACGCAGCCGAGGGCUCGGAGCGGCCCGGGCGCGCCCCGCGGUCCCGGUAGGGUCGGAGGCGGCCCCGUCGCGGCGCUCCCGGCACGGAACGAGCCCAUUGGCCGCCGCCGCAGCUCCCGCCGCCAAUGGCAGCAGCGCCCGCUUAACCCCUCGUGGACCGCGGGAGGACCCCCGGCUGAGCGCCCCCCCCCCCCCCCCGCCCAAGCCAUCCGCAACCCCGCAGGCUUUCCAGCUGUGUGGAGGUGCCAGUCAGCUGUGCCAGGCUACCGGGGUGCCUGA